AUGGAGCGCCUACCACUUAGAGCCGUGCUGCUGCUGGUUUGGUGCUGUGUGUGCGCGCUAGGCAUUGGACCAGAGUGGUACAACUGCAGCCCCGCAAACUGCGCCGCGCCAGACUGCCAGUGUGCAUCCUGGACGGCGCCCGCCGUGAACGGCACCCCGCUGGCGGCCAAGGACACCCCGCAGUUCAUCCACGACGAUGCGAUUGGCCAGCCGACCAACCAGGCGGUCCGCGAGAUCAUUGACAAGCACAAGAAUCGCAACGGCUGCAACAUGCCGGCCACCUUCUUUGUGCUGGAGAGCGGCACCGACUGCCUGCUUGCCAAGGCAUUCUGGGAGCAGAACAGCGAGAUUGCCAUCCACAGCAAGACGCACCUGCCGCUGACCAGCCCCUUCCCGCUGGGCCCCGAGGGCAUGUGGGAGGAGAUGUUCAGCGUGCGCGAGUACCUGAACGAGACCUGCGGCAUCCCGCUGGAGGACAUGGUUGGGUUCCGGGCCCCGCUGCUGGUGCACAACCCCGCGGUACGUGCCAACCUGGCUGCGGAGGGCAUGCUGUACGACAGCAGCAUCAUCGAGUUCUACGCCCCCGACUCGACCACCUCCCCCAAUGCCUCCACCCGCCUCUGGCCAUACACCAUGGACCAGGGCAUACCGCAGGACUGCACCUACUUCCAGGGCAACAACUGCACCCAGGAGGAGCGGUACCCAGGCUUGUGGGAAUUCCCGCUGCUCAACACGCAGGCGGCGAACGGCACCCUGCUGUACAGCAUGGACCCGGGGCGGGACGCGUCGGCAGAGUACGGCGCCGCCGCCCAGGGCGGCCUCCCCGCCGCCGACCUGCGCCAGCUGCUGGAGCUCAACUUCAACAGCAGCUACAACGGCAACCGCGCCCCCUUUGGCAUCUACGUGCACACGCCCUGGGCCACCCCCGACGCCGUGGCCGCCACCAACGACUUCCUGUCCUGGGCGCUGGCCCUCAAUGGCACAUACGCCGUCACCAUGCGCACAGUCAUCGAGUGGAUGAAGGACCCGGUGCCUGUCUCCCAGAUGGAUGAGUGGCUGAGCUGCAAGCAGGUGGACCUGUCCAAGUCGCCGGGCGCCACCCGGUGCCAGGUGUACACGGUGAAGCAGGGCGACUUUGGCGAGCAGAUCGCCACCGACUUUGGGGUGGCCAUGGCCGACCUGGCGGCCCUCAACCCAAACCUGGACACGCUUCAGAUUGGGGAGCAGGUGCUGAUCCCGCCCUUUGACGACAAGUGCGGCGAGGGCACCCCGGUGACCAGCCCCCCGACUGCCUGA